UGAAUUUCUGGAUUAAAUUUGAUAAUCGGGUAGAGGCGUUUGUUUAGCGCGAGUGAAUAUCAGAAACAGAGCUCAAGAAUGGAGCUCCAAGAUUCAGGAAUGUUAUCUAGAGAUCAACUGCUUUAUCUCUUUGAUCGAUUCGACUCCCUCACCUCGCAGCCUGAGGUGAAGAAACGGAUUGCUGACGCCGUCAAUGACAAGCAGGAGCCUGUAGCUGUAACCACAACAAUUCAAGAGGAGAUUUUCAUGGAGAUGGGAGUUGACCCACAGUUUGGCGUAUCUUGCUUGGGAAAAGUGAGCUUGGCUUAUGAGGAUGAUCGAGAUUUGAUAAUUCAGUUCUAUCGUUUUGUAGCAAAGGAAGAGAUAGCUUGUGAGGAAGCAGAACUUGGACCAGAAAGAUUUGCAGAAAGAACUGAAACGCUGCAGCGUUUAGAAGCAGAGUCUGAAUUACAGCAACUGGAGAUGUUGAAGAACAUGCGCAACUUCCAGCUGGAUGAUCAGUCUGCAAUCCUUGAAAAGAUUCAUCAACAAAUGGAGAAUGCUGGCUUUGAACCAGAUGCAUCGCUCUUAUCAGUCGAGCAAAUUCAAGACAUUGUUGGAAGAAGAGUGACCCCAGUUUUUCAGCCAAUAUAGUGGACUGUAAUUUAGCAAUUGCUUCUGGGAAGGCAACCUUGUUGUACCAUUUGCCUGGAAUAUGUAAAUCUUGGGCCGUGUUCUAUUUAAAUCUUGUGAAAAAAAGUUAACAA